AUGGCUUCCGCAAGAUGGAUCACAGGUCUUGCCCUGUCCUGCCUUUCGCUCCAAGCAUCAGCGGGAGACAAUGCUUCAUCCACAUGCACCUCGCCAGAUUACCACCAAGCAUCGACCUUUUCAUAUCCGCAAACUACCACACGCUUCGCAAGUUCGAACCCCGCCCAGUCAGCAACCACCACCUACGCACUCCCAUACGGCAGCGUCAGUGCACAAUUCGCGAACCUGUCCACCACGACCUGGCCGAAUUGGACGCCCAUCAGUAGCACAUCUUCGUUAUCGAACAGUACUGCGACGGCGACGGCGACGGCGACAGAAGCAACGCCAGAUGAACCAUACGGCACAGCGGCCUUCACAUCUCUCUGGAAUGCCGCCAAUCCUGUAAAUUUCACACGAGGCAUGUAUUCCACCACUGUCUCUCCGACCCCAAUUCCUUCCUCGGAGCUGGCCCUCCCUCCUCCGCUGGUCUUCCAACCUCCGUCGAACUCGCACAAGUUCCCAAAAGACUUCUUCUACGGCGCCGCGGGAUCCGCAGCCCAAUGUGAAGGUGCCAUAGCAGACCAUGGGAAAACGCCAUCCCGGCUAGACAUGUAUGCCAACGUACUCUCACUGGCCGGCGCUGGGUCAUUCGCAUCAGUCAUUACCGGCGGCGCGAGCAAGAUCGAGCCAAACUAUGUGACAAAUGAGCACUAUUAUCUCUACAAACAGGACAUUGAACGUAUGGCGAGUAUGGGGUUGAAGACUUAUUCGUUCUCCAUUCCUUGGACGCGGAUUCUGCCUUUUGCGCUGCCGGGAACGCCAGUCAACGAGGAUGCGAUUUCACACUAUUCGGAUAUGAUUGACUUUGUGCUGGAAAAGGGUAUGCAGCCUGUGGUGACACUCUUCCACUUUGAUACGCCAUUGCAGUUCUAUGGUGGCGGACAGGAGUACAUAUUGCAGUAUCUGCAGACGAAGAUCAAUUUCGGGCUGGGCGGCAAUUCCGGAUUCUCCAAUGCGACUUUUGAAGACGCCUACGUGCACUACGCCACACUCGUAAUGUCGCAUUACGCAGACCGUGUGCCCUAUUGGAUCACAAUUAACGAGCCCCAAGCCAGUGCCUCGAACGGUGUGGCAGUCAAUACAGUCUUGAGGUGUCACUCCCGAGUAGUCCACUACUACCGCGAAGUUCUCCAAGGUAUCGGAAAAGUCUCUCUCAAAAUGGGUGUGACUCCAGGCGUUCCAGCAGAUCCAUCAAAUCAAACACACGUCGAAGCAGCCAAUUUCUUCUCGGAAUUUUACCUGGGACCUUUCCUCCGCACUCUAGGUUUGGGACUAGACUAUCCCGAGAACUACAAACAAGCAGUCUCCGACUACAUCCCUCUGUCAUCGGCAGACCUCGCUUAUAUGAAAGGCACAAUCGACUUCAUCGCCUUGGACGCCUAUACCGCUCCACCCGUAUUCCCCGCAUCCUCAAAUCUCACGGCUUGUGCUGAAAGUCACGGUACUGACAGCAAUAUAACCUACGCCUACCCACUCUGUUUGAACCUCGCGAUGGAAACCCCCACGGGCUGGGCAUACGGCUACGAUCCCUCUGGAAACCCUGUCUUCUAUACCGCCCCCUCGUCUCUGCGCACAAAUCUCAAUUACAUCUACUACACCUACGGUCUCCCCAUCGUCAUCACGGAAUUCGGCUUACAGCCUCCGCCGCCUCCGGGUGGACAACUGAGGGAUAAUUUGUACAAUGUCCCCGGGAGUGAGUAUACGAUUAGCUAUCUGAGUGAGAUGUUGAAGGCGAUUUGGGAAGAUGGAGUGAAGGUUUUGGGAGCGAUCAAUUGGAAUUGGGGAGAUAGUUGGGAAUUUGGGAGGUUUGACGAGGGGUAUGGGUUGAUGUUUGUCGACCAUACGACGCAAGAAAGGAGGUAUCGGAGAAGCUUCUUUGACGCUGUGGAGUUUGUUGAGAGCAGGAGGGAGGAGUGUUGA